GAGCAUUGCGACAUGUAAUGGACAAUACUUACCCUAUGAUGCAGCAUUCUGUCAGUGACGUCUCCUUCAUCAACAUCGCUGAUAGUGGCAUGGAGCGGCAACAGUGCUGCUUCAAGUUAUAUCCUGGACUUCAGAGUGAAUGCUACCAGCACCCCCGAUGAGGUGAAGAUAUAUAAUCCACCCACCACAACGGGGGUGGCUAAAGCGUUAAAACCUGGACAAAUGUAUCAAGUCAAACUGAAGGUCCUUCAGUUUUAUACUAUUAUAUGCACAGACAAUAAAACAGCCAUGACAGUGCCUGUCGCACCUACGUUUACAGUUGCCAAAGCUCUUUCAAGUUCAUCUAUAAGGCUUGAGUGGUCCAGUGUGGUGGGGACAGACAACUACACCUUGUUUGUGGACAACUAUAACAAUCCUGCAAUUAAAUACAGCCUCACUGUCACAAACCUGAGUGCACAAAUCUAUAACCUGUCUUCUUCUACAAUUUACAACUGUUACCUUUACUCCUCAAACAUUGGUGGAUAUAGUGCCAAAAGUAGUGUUAAAACAGUCUUAACAUUGAUACAGCCACCAACUGGUAUGACUGCUGUAAAGACGGGAAAUGGCACAGCCAAAAUUAUGUGGAACCCUGUAAGUAAAGUCUUGCGUUAUCGAGUAACCGUGUGUAACAAUGACAACCCCAGCGAAACCCCAUUCAACACAACAGUCUCAACUACAUCCCUGAAUAUCAGUGUUCUGGAUCACUGCGCCACCUACACAGUGGGAGUAUCAUCACUCAAUGCUUUCCUUGAUCCUGGGGAGCCCUUUAACAUCACUUAUUCUAACAGCUUCAUUAAACCGGUGACGACCAUCUCUGUGGACUACAGCUGCUCCAGUGCCACGGUGACAUUAACUUGGGAUUUGGUGCUUGGGGCCAGCUUGUACCAGGCCAUGGCUGUUGAUAGCACUGGAAUACCCCUUAGUUGCACAACAGCCUCCAGUAGCUGCCAGAUCAGCAUGCUCAAAUGUGGUGAGAAUUACCAAGUUUAUAUCACAGCCAUCGAUGAGGACUGUGGAUCCACCGCCAACUCCUCCACCUUCUUUCACACAGUCCCCUGUGCUCCUGCUAAUCCUCAAAUUAGUCACCAGUGCUCCAGCAAUGUGGUCAUCUUUGGGUGGCAGCCCACCAACAACACCGCUUAUUAUGUGGCCAUGGGUGUGGAUAAAAAUGGUCAAGCGACAGAGUGCAUGACGGAGGAAAACUCGUGUUACUUCACUAAUACAGAAUGUGGAAGCGGUUACACGUACACUGUAUAUGCUGUCAGCUCUACUCAAUGUAACAGCGGUGUCACCCAGCCUGUGACUGUCUGGACGGCUCCUUGUCCAUCACUAAAUCUACAAGUAGCAACUGAGUGUAUCUCUGACCAGCUCAUCACAACCUGGGACUUGGCUCUUGGAGCUCUUUCCUACACUGUAGAAGCAGUGGGGAUGACUGGAGAAACCUACAACUGCACCUCACCCAGCACAAGUUGUGUGAUACCCAAUGUGCCAUGUGGUGAAUACCUCAGUCUGUCGCUUGUUGCCUCUAAUGAUAACUGCUCCAUUAGUGAAGUGAUGGUAGUUACGACAGUCCCCUGUGCCCCCACUGAUGUCUCAGCAUAUGUCGACUGCAACAACAACAACUAUGCUAGUGUCAACUGGACAGAUGGCUAUGGUGCCAUCUUCUACACUGCUGUUGCUCAUGAUGAAGAUGGAAAUUUGUACAGUUGCAAUUCAAUGGGCAGUGCCUGCAUUAUCGAAGGCCUGAGAGGUGGACAGACUUACUUGGCAAAUGUUAUCAGCACUAAUAUUAUGUGCAACAGUACUGUCAGCGAGGAGGUCAUAGUAGUUCCAUGUGAUCAACAAAACAUCACUAGCAACCUGACAUGUGGCUCCAAUAUCUUAACGGUCAGCUGGAUUUCUUCUGCCGUGGCUCUCAACUACCAUGUCACUGCUGUGCCACUGGCUGGAAACAUGGGUUCGCUAACCUGUGAAAGUAAUAGUACCAACUGUAGUCUGAGUGGCCUUCAGUGUGGACAGACUUACAAUGUUUCUUACAUAGCUUGCUCUGAGAACUGCAGUGGACCAAGUACCCCACUACAGACUGUUCAAGCAGGACCAUGUGCUCCCACUAAUGUGUCCAGCCAGCUGAACUGCAGUGCUGACAUUGCUCAGGUGUCCUGGACUCCCAGUGUCAAUGCAGUGAGCUAUGCUGUGACAGCCACCAGCAAUGGACAGAGUCUCACCUGCACCAGCUCCAGCAGCAACUGCACCCUGAGUAACCUGGUCUGUGGCCAGACGUACAACAUUAGCGUGACUGCCACUGACGGCAACUGUGUCAGCAACUACAGUGACCCGUUCACACAGAACCAAGUUCCAUGCGCUCCACAGAACAUCAGCAGUAACCUGACAUGUGGCUCCAAUAUCUUAACGGUCAGCUGGAUUUCUUCUGCCGUGGCCCUCAACUACCAUGUCACUGCUGUGCCACUGGCUGGAAACACAAGUUCACUAAGCUGCCAAACUAAUAGUAGCAGCUGCAGUGUGAGUGGCCUUCAGUGUGGACAGACUUACAAUGUUUCUGUCAAAGCUUGCUCUGCUGGCUGCAGUGGAGUGAGUAGCACACCACAGACUGUUCAGACAGGUCCCUGCCAGCCUGGUGGACUCUCAGUUUCCUUCUUCUGUAAGAAUCAGUCUGCAUUGCUGUCAUGGAACGCCAGUUAUAUUGGAAACUACUAUGGAUGUGCCAUGGAUGGGAAUGGAGACAUGCUGUGCUGUCACACCACAAAUCCCACCUGCAUUAUCCAGGGUCUUAAUUGUGGAACAGUUUACAAUUUCAUUGUCCAGUCCUCAGAUGGCACACAUAACAGCUCCUACAGUGACGUGGUGCAGAAAGGAGCAGUUCCCUGUCCUCCAGAUGCUGUUGAUGUACAUUUGCUGCCGAUGCAGACAGAGAACCAGGUGUUGCGCUUCAACUGGACAGCAGUCCCCUGCAACAACACUGAGUAUUUGGUGACAUUGACAGGAAAUGUCCUUGGAGACAGCCAGGCUCUGAUCCAGGUUUCUUCUUAUUGGACAACCAUGAGUUAUUUUGAGAUUCCUCUCCCCUGCAGCUCAUCCUACGUUGCUACAAUGCAGAGCAAGAAUGCUGCUGGUAUCAGUGACCCGUCAGUGCCUAUCAUUGGAACAACAGCUCCUUGUCCACCAUCACUAGUGAUAUACAAUGGCAGUGCAGUUUCAUGGAACGCUUCAGUGUUUGCCACCAUGUACACUGUAUAUGACAACAGUGUUCGGCCAAUGGCUCAGCUAUGCAGCACCACAGGCCUGUCCUGCUCUCUGUCCAACGUAAAUUCCACUAACCUGGUGGUCACAGCCAGCAACUCCUUUGGAGAAAGUAAUACGCAAAAUGUGGUAAAACAAGGACGAAGGAGGAGAGAUCUCGGUGGACAGAUGCCAAUGAGUGGCCUCUCGGCUUCAGUGCUGGAUGUCAAACAACAAAUGUCAACAGUUAUUUCUGAAUGGUCUCAAGUGGAUACAGCUUCCCGUUACAGCCUGUUUAUCAAGAAGCAAGGCAGCUCCAGUAAUCAUCAUGAAAACACUCCUGUAGACAAAGCUGGAGGUCCGCAUGCAUCUCUUGAUUAAAUGUGAUGGUCCUAUUCUCCAAGUAACAUUGUGAUAUUAACAACUGACAAAUACUUCACUUAUCAUACACAACUUUAAAUCUAGUAGAACAUGGGAAUUAGCAAGGGUUGAUCUGAUGUUUACAUUUCUGCUGGUUCACCAUAGGCUCCACUGUUACUUGUAAUGUAUGUUGGUCAUGUAAUGAAAAGCUAGAACUGGAACUGCUGCAAUGGUCUAGCCACUGCUAACAUUACAGUCACAGGUAGCAUAGCGGGCAAAUGUCUUUCAGAUAAAACACUAGGCUUUGUGCAUUUUAGGUUCCUUGAUUCUGUGCUUGUGUAAAAACUCAGUGGAGAUGCAGGUUUUGCCUGUUCUUGGUUGAGGCUAUACAUUUCAUAUUCAGACCUUUGUUUCUGUUGCCUUUUCUGUUUUAGUCACCAUUGUAAAUUAUAUAUUAAUCACCUUAAAGGUAAAAUAUCAGUGUUUAAUAUGUCCUUUGUUGCAUGUCUAAAUGUAGAUUUAAUAUGGAAAAUUAUUUUCAAACUAUAUUCUAAUAAAACUGACAUUCACUUAGUUUAUUAGGUACACAUGGCUAAAACUACUGUAGUCUCAUAGAUCAGCAGUAAACCCUCCUUCACUGAGGUGAUGUUUAGUUUGUCCAAACUCUUUUAGAGGGAUGUUGUAGAAGCAAAUGUCCAUGUCUAAAUCAUGCUAUAUUCAAAUGUGCAAUCUUUUUGGAGCCUGUAGUUUGUGCUGCUGUUCAACAGGACUGCAGAGAACUGUUUAAAUACAUGGGAUGGAUGUAACUACAGCCUCCAACAUGACCAUAUAGUUGAACCAACACCUCUCUGAAAGUGUGAAAGCUCAAAAUUAUGACCUUUAUGGAUGGUUUAAUGCAGGACUGUUGGACUAGUUUAAUUUUAGCUAUUUGUACUAAAUAAACUGCUGACAACCUAUAAUGUAGCAUCCAGCCUUUGUGAUUUCAUUCAGUGUGCUGUCCAUUUUUUUAAUAGUGAUCUGUGCCCUUUAAAACAAGAACAAUACUUGUUCGGAAAAGUGUUUUAUUAGAAAAUGCAACAGAGCAAUAACCAAAACACAGCACAAGCAGGGCUCAAGUGUGUGUGGUAAAAAUUACCCUUUGCAGGCUGCCCUUUAGAGGAUUAAAACCUUCUCAGGUUGUCUACACACAAUCAGACAGAAUUACUUUGCGCUCGCUUGAGCCAUUGUCGAGGCACAUCGCAGCUAUGCUCAGAUUCUGAACUUGAACCAUUGUCUUUGGACUGUUUAAAGCAUGUUUGAUCAGAAACCAGUGGAUAAAGAGGCUUAAACAUGAAUAAUAUGGACAUAUGCACCAUAAUAUUUAUGUAUUGGCAUUUGUACAGCGUAAACUUAAAAGCUGCUCUUUAAAAUUUAUAUGACAGUAUUGAGCUGAGCUUUUUAGCAGUGACGUGCCCAGCCCAGCAGCGAAUGCAACUCUGACCACUUAUGUGUAGACAGCCUUCUAACAUUAUGUACAAACCAUAUCCUGUGGCAAAAAAUAAAAUAAAAUAACCAAAGAAAAUUAAAAUGCCAUUUCUGCCACUUUUCAUAUUUCAAGUGAAGACUAACAAUGGUCUAAACAGGGAGUGAAAAAGGCAGAAAAACAAAGAUAAAGCAACAUUACAUUGGCCAAAGACGACAACUCCAGAUGUACGAUGUGGUAGCAUUCCUUCUCUUUAGCACACGUGACAGACCAGACAACUGGAUAGAAAAAGGAAGAACAA